CCAUACUAGGCUCUAAUCAACGGAGUAAAUAAUUAUCGUUCUAUCACUGGAGUGUCAAAUCAAAAUGAUGUAAAUUGACGUACGUUAAAUAUAUUAGACGUAUUUUAUAAUUAUAGUCUUCACAAAAUUUCUGUUAUGUUGAGAUAUUUUAUUAAAAAUUUACCAGGUUUUUCUACCAGGACCGCUGUUUCGCCUCAUCGAUAUCGUUCACGCCUGUUUAGAUCUGUAUCUCCGGCGAUACGAUACGAUAGUAACAGAAUAGAAAAAGAGAUUGUAGAUCAAAAUAUAUCAAGAUCCCGAUCAUGUACGCGAUCCAAAAGUGGUCAAUCUCUAUAUGAUGGUUGCUUAUCUAAACUUAAUGGCAAUCAGCAACGUCAUGUGUCCCAAAUCAGUGAAUAUCAGAAAAAAUAUGGGAAUGGAAAUCGGGUAGAAAAUGAAAAAAAAUACAGUAGAGGACCAGGCGAACAUGACAAAUCAGAAUACAAUGAAGAAUCUCAUUUUGACAUCAAAUUUCAAACUGGCGACAAAUAUGAACUAGAAGCAGCACGACCCCGACAAAUAGAUACGCAAAUAAAUAUUUUCGAAAAGAUGAAAAAGCUGGAAAAGGAAAAUGGUGAACCGGCUACCCAAUAUUUGCAGCCACGAAAUAUGAGACCAUUCGGUACAAAACAAAUAUUUAGCCCCGUUAUGUUGAAAACAAAACGCCUUCAUUCGAUUACGCUGCCCAAAAUUGUGAAAGAGAAAAAAACAAGCGCAAAGUGUGACAAAAAUAAGAAUGAUCGAAGAAAUUAUUCAACAUCGUCAAUAUUUAAACAAAAAUAUCAGACUCCAUUUUUCCUAAUCCACAAUUUACCACUAGCUGGUUAUAAUAAGUGUAGAAUACUACCAAAACCUAAAAAAUUCAAACUUCAAAAUCAAACUAAUAGCGUGUCAUUAGAGGAGAAAGAAGCAAAUGAAAGAAUCAAAAAGAAGCUAAAUAGUACUUCAACAAAUAUUUUCAGUGACGAUCUUUUCAAUGAGAGCCUUAAGAAACUGCAGAAUUUCAAACCGCCUACUACCGAAACGAAUAAAGUUACAGCAACAAAGCCUCCACCAUGUCUGAAAAAAAAAUUUUUUGCACAAUCUAAUAUAAAUAUUGAUGUUCGAAUGAAGUCUUCUUUCGCAGCCAAUGCGAAUCCAUCGAACGUGACAAAAAGUAAAAGUGCAACUUUUCAAAUUAAACCACCUUUUGAGAAACACCUUGAUAUAAAGCAGCCUCCGCAAAUCGGAAAGUUGCAUUUGAAAGCUCUAACAGUCAAUAAAAAUUCAAAAUCACUUCCAAAACUACCUUUAAUAACAAAAUUGGGGAAAAAUGUCAAACUUUCCCCAAUCGAACACCCUUCAAAAAAAGAUGAUAAAACUGUAUCUAGUAAGAAGUUCCAACCUAAAGUUAUUGCAAUAAAAAAGAAGAUUCCUAUAAAAAGUCACAUCUCCUUGAAUUCAGAAUUCAGCAGUAAUAAAUCUAAAAUUAAAAAAUAUAGUGGCUUGGAUAAAGAAAAAAACAAAUUGAAAAGUUCUUCAUCAAAAAAACAAGAUAUCGAGGAAAAAUCACAGCAUGGAAUAAUCCAACAUAAUUCGUCAUCACCCAAAUAUGGAAAUAUUAUGAAGGUAACCGAAAAAUCAUCAGCCUUUUCUCAUUCAAAUCCUAUCGAGAUGAAAAAUUCAUCAUUGUUUGAUAAACUGAAAUCCAAAGCCAAGAAUAAACAAUCUAUUUCAAACGGUAGAAUUGAGAGAAAUCGUAAAACUAAAAUAGCUAAAGCAAAUGUUAAAAACCUGGAAGGAAUAACAUCAAAUGAUUUCAAAUUAACGAACAAACAAUUAACAAACAAAGUUAAUAAUAUUAAUAAUACUAAAACAACAAAAUAUACAACUCCUUCUAGUUCCCCCGUUCUAUCAGUUUUGAAUGUACCUUCAAUUAAUAGAUUGAAUACAGCGAAACUUUUUGAGAUGAACGAGAAAAAAAGCAAUCACAGUUUGUGUUUACAGAAACGAGAACAAAAUAUACGUAAUAUAAAACAUACAACUACUCAUAAUACUUUCGAUGAACAAAGAGAUAUUUUAAUAGCUAACGAAAAAGAAUUAAUUGAGCCUAUUCAAGAUUUCAAAAAGAAUUAUGUUGAUUCUAGUACGUUUAAGAAUAAUCAAGAAGGUUGUUCGACUCAGCCUGAAAGUCCCACUUUCAAGUCAAGUAAAAUAUCAACAAAUGAAGAAGCGUUGAAUCAGACAAACAAUUUGAAAACAAAAAUUUCGAAAACCACAGUACCUGUUAAUAAUGUGAAUAUACCAAUACAAUCAAAAUCAACCAACGAUUCUGUUGGUGACGUGGAGAAAAAACACCAUAAUUUCACAUACGAUAUAGAUUCUACGGAAACUUCAAAACCUAAAACAGAAGCAAAGUCACUAUUGACGGUGCAUCAAGAGACUGAAUGCGCAGACAUAAAAAACAACAAUAACACCAAUACAUCUGAAACUGUAAAACAACAAACGUUCACAUCAGUACAGUCACAGGAAUGUAAAAAGCCAAAAUCGAUGUUAUGUAAACCAAAUGUGUCUCAAAGCUCUCAAAAUAGAAGAUCAAAAUUUCAAUUUCUACAUGAAAAUCGAAACUAUGAACCCAAACUUGUGAAUAAAGUUACAAAGCCGGAAUUACAGAAAAAAAUGACGAUAUCUAAGUCUGGAUGUCAAGCAUACUUUGAAUCCCAUAAUUUCAAGGAUAUAGUCAAUCAUAUUUUCCCGCGUUCUGAGAGGAGUAACCAAAGAUGGUUGAAGUCGACAUCGAUUAAGCCUUUAGAAAAAAUCAAUUUUCAGGACACCACAAAAAAUGAGAAAUCUAAAUCUUCAUGGUCCAAUUUACCUAUUGCAACCAGAAAUAAAUCCAUUACUAAGAAUUCUAAAAACGCAUCAAAGACAGAAAUUAUUCUGACAACAACUGAUAAGAAAUCUGGUGAUAAAUCAAAAACAGAUGUCAAUCUAACACCUAACAUUAGUGAGGGUAAAGUUGUUUCCGACAUAAAGUCAUUUAAAUCAUUUUCAUACAAUUCACAAACUGUGAAUAAUUUUUCCAAAAAACCUCUCUUAGAGCCAGUUUCCAGAGAGGAGUUUUCAAAAACGAACACUCAUAACAUACAGCAAUUAACAGAGGCGGCAAAUAAUUUACUAACUCAUAAAACUGAGUCUGACCGUAAACAUAUUCCACAGUUACAUCCAAAAGCAAAUAUUCAAGAAUCAUCCACCAAAGUGAAUAAUUCCGUAUCCAAAAACACAAAACAACUUAGCGAAAGUGCUAAGAAAAUAAUGCUUCACAAAUAUGACGCGCACUCUUUUUUAGACACACCUCUAAAGGAAAGUAGGCAGGAAUCACAAAAUGGAAUACAACAGUUGACAGAAGCUGUUAAAAAAAAUAUGUCACACAAAUCUGAUAACCAGACUUUUCUAAACUCGAUACCAAAAGGAAAUAGACAAGAAUCCCCUCCAAAAAUAGAUACUCAAGAUACUAAACUAACACAAUUGUCAACAGAAUCUAUAUCGUACAAAUCUGAAAAAUUAUCACCACAAAAAAGAGAAUCUCAUUCAAAAAUUUACAAUAACGAUUCCCAAAAUAAUCAACAAUUAACCGAUUAUGAUAAUAGAACAAUUUCUCAAAAAACAGGAGAACAAUCUUUGUCAGAUUCAAUCCCAAGAAGAGAAAAGCGAGGAUUAACUCUAAAUAAGAAUGUACAAAAUAAUCAAUUUGAAAAAUCUUUUAAAAAAGCUAUGUCGAGAAAAUUUGAUAAUUACCAACAUUCAGAAUCAAGCAGGCUGGAAGGUAAACAAGAAUUACCAUCAAAAGUUGAUAUUGAAAAGUAUAAAGCGUCGAAGAAAUUAACAGCAGAUAAACAGCAUGUUUCAAAUAAACUCCCAAAGUUGAAUAUAGAAAAACCACCCCCUAAGUCUGGUACACAAGAAACAAGAGUUGUCAAUCAAUUAACAGAAGCUGCAAAAAAAAUAAUUGCUUAUAAUAAUGAGUGUCAGUCUUUUUUAGAGCAGCCCCUCAGUAAUGAGGGGCAACGAAAAAAUUCGGAACCAUCAACUGUCAUCGAAACAUCUGUGAGUAAUAAACAGCAUUUUUUAGUCCAAGCCCCCCAAGGGGGGGCUAUUCGUGAUUUGCAACACAACAUUAUGAUAUCAAAAAAUUUACCAACCCUUAAUAAUCAUAAUAAAUCGACAUAUGAUUGUGAGCUACAAAAAGUUGAAGACGCACAGUGUACUACUUCAAAUACAUUAACAAGAGCAGCUAAAAAAAUUACGAAUUACAUAUCCGAAUAUCAACCAUUAUUCAUAGAUUCUUCAAAAAUAGAAGUGAAUACUGAUGAGCUAUCAAAACAACAUAGACCAACGGCAACACCACAGCAAGCUCCUUGUCAGAAUUCCUUAAAAGACGGUAAAGAUUUCUCCACUAAUGAUCAAAUGUCUACAUGUGGAUCUAUUACCAAAGGACCAACACCGAAUUCUGUCAUUCGUGAAUUUGAAGAGAAAAUUGGUCACAUGUCGCAUCAUAUAUUGCAAACUACAGCAACUAUUUCUUCCUCGGUUCCAUCUGAAAAAUUGAAUCCAAUUUCAGAAUCGCCAAAGAUGUUGGAACCAACAGAGAAAGAUGAUUUCGUUAAUCAAAAGUCAAAAGAUGAAUCGCCAAAAAAUUGUCAGCAAGACGUGUUACUAGUAUCAGAUUCUAAAAUAAGUGAUGAGAAAAAUGAGGCAAAUGAAAGUUUGGUGAAAACAGAAUUCCCUAUUGCAAAUGAAUCUAAUAAAAACUACCCAGCCGCUUUACUUCAUUCUGAUUUAACACUUGAAAUGUAUCCACAUAGAGAAAAUUCUUAUUCAAGUUCAAAAAUGGAUGGCUUUGGAAAAAAAUUGAGUCUACCUACAAAUUGCUCUCUUCUAAAACCUGAAAAGACUUUUUUAAUGAGAAACAUUGAUAAAUCACAAUUAUCAGGAACAAAUGACAUACUGCAAAUAAAAAAAUUGAAGACGAGUCUUGAUAGCUCACCUAGUAUCUAUAAAUUAGGAGCUAUACAAGAGAGUUUGGUUUUGAAUAAGUUGAAUGAGGAAAGUAUGUCAUUAAGAGGAUAUAAUUCAUGCUCAAAAACAACUUUUGACGAUAUUAAUAACCAUAAGAAAAGUUUAGAUCAAGAUUGCAAGAAUACUUAUCAUAGCGAUGAUGAUUGUAUGUCGAACGUCAAAUAUACGAAGAAACCAUUCCCACAUCAAUAUUUUUCUAAUGGUGUAGAAAAAUCUGAAUUCUCAAAUGAUUCGAAGCUCGAAACUUAUGUCCAUAGACACAAUAAUAAUGGUCUGAGUUGUGAGACUGCAGAAUAUACAAGUUAUUUAGAUGAAUUACAAGCCGCAAAAAGUAAUCAUCUGGAUUUUGAAAAAUAUAAUAAAAAUUCUAAUAAAAUCACAUCUAUCAGUUCACCUACUUAUAUAGUCCAAUCUUCACUACAUUCAAGAAUGUUUUCUACUGCAUCCAAGAAUUUUGCAACGUCCAAACAUCUACAGAAGAGUAAACAUAUUAUACGUCAGAAACGAAUGUCUUCCACUACGAAAACCAAUUCCAAAGCCAAAUGUUCAGAGAAUAAUGCCGCAAUCAGAAGAAUCGGUUCAUUAAGAGAAAAAUCUUCAGAAAUCAAAUUUCCGUAUGCACUUUUGGAUGACUGCAUUACAGAAGAUUUAGCGGAAGGAGCAGAAAAAGUUGGGGAAGAGAUGAACUAUGGAGUGAAAACUAGUUGCCAUCAAAAAACAUGCCAGCCACAAUUACUUGAUAAAAAGGAAGUUUAUGAUGAGGAACAUUAUACUAAUAAUAAAGAAGCUCCCGAUCAAGUAGAAAAUCCAGUUAAACAACAAAAUUAUUCUCUAGAUAGUAAUCGAUGUAUUUCAUUGAAUACGUUCACCAAAAGAAUUGGGGAUAUUAAAAAUAUGUGUACUUAUCUGCCAAAACAACUGUUUUUGGUUUUUGGAAUACAACAAAGAUUCUUAUAUAAUAUGGCGUGCAAUCCACAAGAAGAUGAUGAUGCAUCAAAGUUGCCUGUCAAUGCAAAUUCGGAACGCAGUUAUCACUUUUUAUGCAAAAAAGCAGAGCGAAAGCUAACCCCUCAAAGCGAAUUUAAAUCAGAUUUCAGAAAUGAAUUUUCCGAAUUAGAAGAAGACGGCAAUUCUUUCACCAAAAUACGUAAUCUACAAUGGAGAAUAAAUAACUUUCACAAGUGGCAUAGAUUGAACAAACUCACAAAUUGUCCGUACAAUCAAAUGAAACGAUAUUAUUCUUCUAUGACUAAUGUAGACGUUUCGCAAAGUUUUUCUACUCUGCCAGUUUUAGUUCCCGGUAAAUCGAGCAGUUAUAUCUUAACAGCAUACGAUAAAUUACUGGAGAGUAAAAAACUCCCUAGAAAUUUGCAAUUUAACGAUAUGCUCGCCACAACGAGAGGAUUCAAACAACAGAAGCAAUUGGUAUCUACGAAAUCGGUUACGCAUCGAGUAGACAAGAAAUAUUCCAAAUAUCUUACAAAAUACCGAAAGAAAUCUAUUAAAUUCGCUGGAUCUGAUGAAUGUUCGUAUGUUGAUGGAAAAGAAAAACUAUUACAACCUCAAUACCCCAUUUUACCAGAGUUGGAAAGAGUUGCAACAAAUGAAACUCUUUUUCCCGAACCAGUAAAUGCAAGUGUGAAAGUUGAAUAUAUGAGACACAAAUAUGGUAUUCCAAAAACUGGUGUAACUUUGGAUUGUGACAGUUUCCAAGAUGCGGUAGCUUCAGGCCAAUUGAAAAUUAAAAAAGCGUCAAAACCAGAAAUUGAACGCAAUGAAACUAUGAAACAAAAAAUGCCUCAAGAAGGUUACUGUGCAACUGCGAAAAAGAAAGAUAUAUGUGACGGUUCCAAGAAAAACACUUCACUAGUUGGUUCUUGUAAGCCCAAAUGUAAUAAAACUGAAAAAGUCCCUCAGAAGUCAAAAUCUACAAAUAACUGCGAAAAAACCGCACCUCCUCCAAAAGAAAAAUGUAAAAUUGAAAAAACGCCUAGUAUUUGGAGGAGGAUAAUAGAUUAUUUCAAAGCUCGACCAAACUGCCCACCACCAGAUGAAUGGAAGAAAAAAGCAGCUAGAGAAAAAGCGGAAAGAUAUGCGAAAGCAGCAGGACUUUGUCUUUGCGAACCAGGAGAAUUGAAACCGAAAAACUGCCAGAUGUCUGCAAAAUCCUCAGUUUCUAAUCAAACGACUAAAAAGACUACGGGUGACAAAUCCGAGUGUCCUAAGGAGAAAUGUAAAGAUCUUCCACGAGUUAUAACUUGUCCACCACCAAAUAAAAGAUCAUUUUCGUUUGUUACCACUCAAAAUCCUUCCCAAGGCUAUUCCCAUCACAGAUCACUGAGUAUGAGCUCAGUGACACCAAGAAAUAACCGAAAUAAGUACCAUGCUGCUUAUUCUUACGAAACUAAUCCUAUGAACAGCGUACAAAGGAAAUACUUCAGCACAACAACUGAGGUUAAGAAGUCUAAUAAAUAUAACAGUGACGAUUUAAAAGAAUCCAACCAGAUCGAUACUUUAUCCACGAAUUCCAAACAAGAAAAUAUUGGAGAUACAUUUAAGGAAGUCUCGCAGAAUAUCAUUGACGCAGAAAAUGAAAAUCAUGAUUUUACAGAUGAAAAUAAAAGUGAAGGUGAUGAUAAAUCUAUGAAGAGUGGGAAAGGGGCUGCUAAAUUGUCUGAGAAACAUAUUCAUAUAAUACCUAAGCGGUGUUAUUCUGAUAAAGGUCGAAACAGGCAUAUCGAUGAUUUAAAUAAAACUUUGGAAGACAAAGAGAAGCAGAAAUUAGCUGAAAGUAUUGUUAGGUCACUUUUAGAAGUUUCUAUAAAUCAUCAAGAUAUCGAUAACGUGGAAAGUCAAAGUCUCGAACAUAGUGAUCAAAAACAUGGUAAUAAUCAAGAUGAUUAUUCGAAUUCCCCAUACAAAUUUCUUACUAAGAAGACGAAUUUAUCUGACAUAAUGUUUAGAGAACCUAUUGACGAAUAUAUGAAAUAUUGUCAAGCCCAAUCAUUCGCGAAUUUCAUCGAAGGUUUUUAUAAAAUGGAAGUUUUGUCUGAUGUUAAUUACGAAGACAUAGAAAAAAUUAAAACAAACAAACUCAUCAAUGAAUUGAAUAAACUAAUUAUUGAUAAAAACCAAUCAAAAAAGUAAUAUUUAGUUCAAAUUAAGUUAAAUCAUUGUAAUAAUUUUUUAUUUGUUAAAAUUUAUAUGUCUCUUGUACGUGUGUAAAUAAAAAAUAAUUGCCCUAUGUA